CGUAGACCGAGUUCACCAGUCUUCUCAGUCGGAACGUAUCGAAUGCUUUCCCGAAUUGUAGAUUUCAACUCAUCCAUCGACUCAUCGGCAUUCUUCCCUGGAUCCGCUUCCAACGGCGGUUAUCGAUCUCCUAGCCGCUCGCUGCCAUGGCCUCGGCUUCCAGAUCCGGUUAAUUGAAGUCAAGAUCAAGGACCACUUUCCUUUCCCCCAAGUCGUUGUUGCAUAAACCGUAUUGAGAUGAAUCCCGCAGCGCUCGGCUUGAAGACCCCUGUGCGUCUCCAAGCUGUUUAUGCUCGCCACCGACCUCUGCUUCAUCCGUCGAUUAUAGGAUUUGGUUCUGUCUCAUGCCGUUCGUGGUCUUUUAAUUUUAAACGCGCGAAAGCCGAUCGUACUUUGUUGGAAAGACUCAUUUUGGUUAAGGCGGCUGAUUCUUUUGAGUCCGAACCAAUAACUGAAGAUAGAUUCGUGCUGUCACAGGCAGUUCAAAGAAAUGAAACUAGCAUAUUGGAGAUCCUCAAGGGAGCAAAUUCCAUUAUCCCUCACAUCGUACUCGGAAGUACAGUGUUGGCGCUUAUUUAUCCACCAUCUUUCACAUGGUUUACAAACAGGUACUAUGCACCUGCACUUGGUUUUCUGAUGUUUGCAGUUGGGGUGAAUUCCAGUCCCAAAGAUUUUGUGGAAGCAUUUAAGAAACCAGAUGCAAUAGCAGCUGGAUAUGUCGGGCAAUUCAUCAUUAAGCCUCUUCUUGGAUACUUAUUUGGCAUCAUUGCAGUUUCUAUUUUCAAUCUCCCUAAUCCUUUAGGUGCCGGAAUUAUGUUGGUGUCAUGUGUUAGUGGUGCACAACUUUCAAACUACGCAACUUUCCUGACAGAUCCACCAAUGGCCCCAUUAAGCAUUGUCAUGACAUCAUUAUCAACAGCCACAGCAGUCCUUGUUACACCAACUUUAUCUUUAUUGCUUAUUGGCCAGAAGUUGCCUGUGGAUGUUAAAGGAAUGAUGUCCAGCAUCAUGCAGAUUGUAGUUGCGCCUAUUGCUGCUGGUCUUCUUUUAAACAGGUUUCUUCCGAGGAUCUGUGCUGCAAUACAGCCAUUUCUUCCUCCAUUGUCGGUGUUGGUGACUGCUCUCUGUGUUGGCUCACCGUUGGCAAUAAACAUGAAGGCUAUUAUUUCCCCUUUUGGAGUAUCUUUGGUGCUGCUCUUGUUUGCAUUCCAUGCAUCAGCAUUUAUUGCUGGUUAUGGUUUAGCUGGUAUGUUAUUCCAUAGGUCAGGAGAUGUAAAAUCACUUCAAAGAACCAUAUCUUUUGAGACAGGGAUGCAAAGUAGUCUUCUUGCCCUUGCACUCGCGAAUAAGUUCUUCAAAGACCCUCUUGUGGGCGUGCCUCCAGCCAUCUCUGUUGUCUUGAUGUCGUUGAUGGGUUUUGCGCUUGUAAUGAUAUGGUCCAAGAGAAAGCAGCAACAUUCGAAUCCUGAUAGUGCACUUGAUGUAGAAUAAAACAUGAAGACCCUGUGCAUAUCUUGUUGGAGGCUGUCUCUAAGAUUAUGAAACUGGAAAAAAGCAACCCAGAGAUUUGGAUGCAAUCAAUCUCUGGGCUCGUAAUCAUUUUAUACACUUGGAUUGAAAUUGGUUUACUCAGUCACCUCAAGCUUGUGUUCUUCGCCACCUACUGUUUCUAAAUUUUCGACAUGUUCCAUCUUAAGCUACUGGAGUGAGCAUUGCAGCAAGACCCAAAUAAGUGCUGUUAGAUUUCUUUGCAAGACCCAAACAAGUGUAGAUAUACACUAGUGUACAAUUGUUGAAAAUGUUGAAUUUGUUCCAGCUGUUGAUGAAAUUGAGAGAGGUAUUUUAGCGAUAGCAAGGAAAUCUGUGUUAGUGUUGCAACCAUGGGUGUUGUGCAACUAUUACAUUACCUUUUCUUCUUUUAGAAAUAAGGCUGUCUAAUAAGAGAGCUAGUGACUCUUGUAUGAUACUAA